AUGACAGGUGCCGGGGUGGGCCUGCCUUGUGGCCUGGGACCUCUCACCUCUCCCCACAGUGGAGACAUCACAUCAACAUCCCCGCUGACUGCUCAUGUCAGAGCUCGAGUGACGGGUACAACGGCCGAGUCCUCUGUCAUCUUCUCACCGUCUCCUCACAUCCCACUCGCUGCCACUGGCUCAUCUGGCAUCUCUAUUACUGCUCACCUCCUCAUAUCCUCUGUAGAUGGGGCGCUGAUAGACCAAGCCGAGACUGUGGCCAACAAAAGCACCGGCUGA